ACUAUGUACAAAGCAUUGUGCUAAGGGCUCAGGACACACAUAGAAAAGACAAUCCCUUCGUCAAUGUCAGUGGCGGGGAGGCUUCUCUCUCUGGGAUUGAGAAGGAAGAUGCUUUAACUCCCUUGGCCCCCAGAUUGGAGGUAAGGGGGGAAAGCACAGAGUCAGCUUGUCAGGGAUUGGGGACAGGGCCACUGCCUGAUUAUGACUGCGGAAGGAGGGGGACAGGGGCUCUCCUGAGCCGGAUUCACCUGUCCUUGGCCCUGAUUGGUUCCCAGGCAGCCCCUUUGCCCCUAAAUCCCACUAAGUAGUCCUCCACUGGAGGGAGGUAUGGAAGGGCCCCGCUCACUCUAUCUUCGAACUUCCUGGGACCAAGAGGGUAUCAGGGAAGAGGGCCAGGGGCCCCGGGCUAAGCCCGAGGUUUGAAGGUCCCGUCUCCUCAGAAGAGUUUGGUCCACAUUUUCCACCCUUCAGCCCACCCACUUCCCCCAGCCCUGCCAAGAAGAUGGGGGCUGGAGCCAGUGCUGAGGCGAAGCACUCAAGGGAACUGGAAAAGAAACUGAAGGAAGAUGCAGAGAAAGAUGCCAGGACAGUGAAGCUGCUUCUGCUGGGGGCUGGUGAAUCUGGAAAAAGCACCAUCGUUAAACAGAUGAAAAUUAUCCAUCAAGACGGUUACUCCCUGGAGGAGUGCCUGGAGUUUAUUGCCAUCAUUUAUGGCAACACGCUGCAGUCUAUUCUGGCCAUUGUCCGGGCUAUGACAACCCUCAACAUCCAGUACGGAGACUCAGCCAGACAAGAUGAUGCAAGGAAGCUAAUGCAUAUGGCAGACACCAUUGAGGAGGGCACAAUGCCCAAGGAGAUGUCUGACAUCAUUCAACGGCUGUGGAAGGACUCCGGCAUCCAGGCCUGCUUUGACAGAGCCUCUGAAUACCAGCUCAACGACUCUGCAGGAUACUACCUCUCAGACCUGGAGCGGCUGGUGACCCCUGGUUAUGUGCCCACGGAGCAGGACGUACUGAGGUCCCGAGUCAAGACAACAGGCAUCAUUGAGACCCAAUUCUCCUUCAAGGACCUCAACUUCAGAAUGUUUGACGUGGGAGGCCAACGUUCCGAGAGGAAAAAAUGGAUACACUGCUUCGAAGGCGUCACCUGCAUCAUCUUCAUUGCGGCUCUCAGUGCCUACGACAUGGUGCUGGUGGAAGAUGAUGAAGUGAACCGGAUGCAUGAGAGUCUUCACCUGUUCAACAGCAUCUGUAACCAUCGGUACUUUGCCACAACAUCCAUUGUCUUGUUCCUUAACAAAAAGGACGUUUUCACCGAGAAGAUUAAGAAGGCUCAUCUCAGCAUCUGCUUCCCUGACUAUGAUGGCCCCAACACCUACGAGGAUGCGGGGAACUACAUUAAGGUACAGUUUCUGGAGCUGAACAUGCGGCGAGACGUGAAGGAGAUUUACUCGCACAUGACGUGCGCCACAGAUACCCAGAACGUCAAGUUCGUCUUCGACGCGGUCACCGACAUCAUCAUCAAAGAGAACUUGAAGGACUGCGGCCUCUUCUGA